CGCCCCCUGAGCUGUUAAAGUGUUCUUGGAGUCUGAGAAGUUGCAGAAGAAGAUGGAGGACUCUUCUUCACCCAACCACUCCUCUUCAUCACCCAUGGAGCUCUGUCAGGCAGCCCUGCAGCUCGUCUGUUGGAGGGAACCCAGGAAGUCCUUGACGGCGUUCGUCUCGUCUCUGACAGUGCUUGUUGCCAUGGCGACGCUGUCGGUCAUCAGCGUCGUGUCCUACCUGUUGCUGGCCUGUCUCUGCGUCACCAUCACCUUCAGGGUUUAUAAAUCCGUGAUCCAGGCGGUCCAGAAGUCCCACGAAGGUCACCCCUUCAGGUCUCAGCUGGACCGGGACAUCUCCUUUUCCACGGAGUCGGCCCAGCAGCUGGCCGAGCGGUGCCGGAACCGGUUGAACUGGCUGAGUGUCCAGACCAGGAGGCUGCUGCUGGUGGAGGACCUGGUGGACUCACUGAAGAUGGCGGCCAUCAUGUGGCUGAUGACGUACGUCGGUGCGUUGUUCAACGGCGUCACCAUUCUGAUCCUGGCCGAUGUCGUUUUCUUCACCGCGCCGCCGAUCUACCAGAAGAAGAAGACUCAGAUCGAUCGGCAGCUGGUUCUGCUUCGGUCCAAACUGGAGAAGGUUCUGCUGAGGCUGCAGGACCGGCUGCCUGGAGCUGUGAGGAGGAGCAAAGCGGAGUGAACCCGAGAUCGGCCCGGUUCCGGCCCAAUAAAGAAUUCUGAUAAA